GCAUGAUCCUCGACCUCCGCAGAGGAAGCUCCGCGGUGGAGCCUUUCUGCCUGAUGCCUCAGGCUAUGAUAUGUCAGCCUUAGAACUUUCCCAAGGUUGGGGUCAAGAGUCCAGACACUUUCGAUCGUUAUCCUUCUUUCUCCAUCAUCCUCGCCUUCCACAAUAGCCUCACUUCGUCUGCAGGAACUUGACCUGCAUUUCAUCUGCACCUCACAAAUUUGCAUCCUGUCUACUGCACCACCAACACGAAGCCGUUUGUUAGAUCCUGCCAGCACACGCCGCCUGUUGCCUGCGGCGCCACUGUUCGUGGCAUGCAGUUUUGAACAGUCUUACCUGAGGCGGUAUUCGCCUCCAGCACCUCCCUAUCCACCUCCUUCUCCCUAUAUUUACCUCGUUCGCGGUUCAACCCUAAAAUCCGAACAAGAUGCCGCCGAAGCGCAAGGCCGCCGAUGUCGGCCGGUCUAGCAGCGCCUCGAAGCGAGCAACUCCUUCCUUGGACUACACCGAAGUCUCCAGCAGUGACGAGUACUCGGACCCAGAUGAUGGGCCGGUGGACAACAACUUGAAAGAUGUCGUCAACAAGUUCUCGCUAGAAGCAUACAGCAAGCGCACACAGUCCCAGAAGACCGAUCCCAGAUUCGGCUACAAGGACCUCUCAUAUCUCACCCUCAAGCGUGACCACUACAACCGACCUCUAUGGAUCGAGCCGGUAAAAGGCACGAUCACCCUUGAGAGUUUCUCCCCGCUGGCGCCCCAGGCGCAGGACUUCCUGACCACCAUCGCCGAACCCCUCUCGCGUCCCACCCACCUGCACGAGUAUCGCCUGACUGGCCACAGUCUUUAUGCAGCGGUGUCUGUCGGUCUGAAGCCAGAAGAUAUUGUCGAGUUCCUGGACCGCCUUUCGAAGACUCCGCUCCCCGAGAGUAUCUCUCAGUUCAUCAUCGAGUUCACCAAAUCCUACGGCAAGAUCAAGAUGGUUCUGUACCACAAUCGAUACUAUGUGGAAACGGUCGAGCCGGAGAUGCUACAGAUGCUUCUGAAGGAUGAAGUGAUCGGACCGCAGAGAAUUUCGAACGAGGAGGGAAUCAUUCAACGAGCGGCACCAAAAAUGGGAGCCCUCGUGAUUCCCGGAACUAAGGAUGCGGCCGGUGUACGAGAGACGGGCGGUCAAACAAAGGCGUCUGCUAGUUCUCGGACCGAGAAUCAGGGGGAGAGACAGGACUAUGGCAUCAAUGACGUCGGCGAUGAGGUCUCCGAGGCCCUCACAUAUAGCUUCGAGAUCCCAGCUACUGGUGUCGAAAUCGUGAAGGCCCGUUGUCAAGCCAUCGGCUGCCCGGCUCUAGAGGAGUACGAUUUCCAGGGUGACACCAUAAAUCCCAACCUUGACAUGGACUUGAAACCUACGGCGCGGAUUCGUCCAUACCAGGAGAUGAGCUUGAGUAAGAUGUUCGGCAACGGACGUGCGAAGAGCGGUAUCAUCGUUCUUCCUUGCGGUGCCGGUAAGACCCUCGUCGGAAUUACCGCGGCGGCUACCAUUAAGAAGGGUACGAUCGUCCUCUGCACCAGUUCCAUGUCCGUAGUCCAGUGGCGGAAUGAGUUCUUGCGCUGGACUACCAUCGACCCAGGGGAUAUCGCCAUCUUCACCUCCGACCACAAGGAGAAAUUCAAGCGGUCGACGGGUAUCAUUGUGUCCACCUACUCCAUGGUGUCGCAGACUCGAGCACGGUCUUAUGACGCUCAGAAGAUGAUGGACUGGCUUCAGAGCCGUGAAUGGGGUAUGAUGAUUCUUGACGAAGUGCACGUCGUGCCGGCCUCGAUGUUCCGAAAGGUCACAUCGGCCAUCGCUGCACAGACCAAGCUUGGUCUCACUGCGACGUUGCUGCGUGAAGACGAUAAGAUCAAGGAUCUCAAUUUCCUGAUCGGACCAAAACUGUACGAAGCCAACUGGAUGGAGCUUGCGGCACAGGGCCACAUCGCCAAGGUCCAGUGUGCCGAGGUGUGGUGCCCCAUGACUACCGAGUUUUAUUCGGAGUAUCUGCGAGCGAGCUCAAGAAAGCAAGCUCUGCUCUAUAUUAUGAACCCACGCAAGUUCCAGGCUUGCCAAUACCUCAUUGACUUCCACGAGAAGCGCGGUGACAAGAUUAUUGUGUUUUCCGAUAACGUUUACGCCCUGGAGAAAUACGCACGCAAGUUGAAUAAGGCCUUCAUUUACGGUGGCACCGGCCAAAAUGAGCGCCUGCGUAUCUUGGAGAACUUCCAACACAACGAGCAAGUCAACACCAUCUUCCUGUCCAAGAUUGGUGAUACCUCGCUUGAUCUGCCCGAGGCUACGUGCCUUAUCCAGAUCUCCUCUCACUACGGCUCUCGCCGUCAGGAAGCACAGCGUCUGGGACGAAUUCUCCGUGCCAAACGCCGUAAUGACGAAGGCUUCAAUGCCUUCUUCUACUCGCUGGUCUCCAAGGACACCAGUGAGAUGACCUACUCGUCUAAGCGACAAGCCUUCCUCGUCGAUCAGGGUUACGCAUUCAAGGUGAUCACCCACCUGGAAGGCAUCAAUGACUAUGAAGGGCUUCAUUAUUCUACGCCGUCGGAACGCCGCGAGCUACUCACGGAGGUCAUGCUACAGAACGAGUCCUCGGCGGACGUGGAGGAAGUCACUGACGACCUGUUCUCGAUGCGCAGUGGCGGGCGCAAUGCCGCUGCGAAGAGGGCCAAGGCCAAGCGCAGUGCUGCCACGCUCAGUGGCCUGGCUGGCGGUGACGACAUGGCUUACAUUGAAUACAACAAGAGCCGGAACAAGCAGCUCAAGGACAAAGGGGCUCAGCACCCGCUGUUCAAGAAGAUGGAACGGGAUCGUCUGCGCCGGAAGAAGGAGCGCGAGACAACCAAAAACCAGUAGACUCGGGGACCAGCAACAACAAUCGUUUCCCAGUCUACAUGAAGAGAGACCCCCACUAUGAAUACCCCCACCGUUCACAUUCCCGUGUCACAUAGAAAGAAAAAUGCUCGCAGGAACGUCUUCCGUGAUGAUGCAGACCCAGAUUGUAACGAGCCUGGCACAUUUAUCCUCGUUCUCGCUUCAUGACCUUUAUCAGGCGCGUUAUUGCAGUCUAGCAAAAAGAAUGACAAUCUGUGAUCUGCCAAUGUUUAGAUGCCAAGUAGACCA